AUGUACCAUAACCCUAACAAGCUGCAUCGGGAAAGCCUCGAAGCUAAAAUAACAGAACCGGUAUUGCCACAAAUCAAAAUACCUAAGCCUACCUUUGCUAUAAUCGCCACAUCCAAAAUAGAGGCUAAGCAUGAUUUCCCCUCACUAAAAAUCACACCGGAACCUCCAUCCAAUCAUGAAGGGGAACCAAUAGAGAUAAAAAAGAGCUAUAACCACGUUUACGUAUUAACGGGGCAUGCCAAAUGCAAACGAAGCAUGCGGUAUUCGAUAUGGGAAAUAGAGGAGAAUCGGUUUAUACUUAUAAUGGGGAUUACGUGCAUGGGAGAAGCUGGUUUGAUAGAAAAUAAGGGAGCCAACAUGAUCAACCACAGGGAACACUAA